UUCAAUAAAAUACGAAACAUUUUAGAACGCAAAAUUAUGAAUAAAUUAAUGCAAGAAAGUUAAUAACAAACUAAUCAAAAACUCAUCUCUAUACUCCGUGGUUAGAGGCUAGCGCGUACUUUCGCGUUUCGUCCGUAGAAUUUGAUGAAUUGACAUAAAAUAAUAUGGGAAAACUUUUCUUGAGACAUAUUGGAGGUUCACGCCUAUUUCUGUGUGCUAGUUGCGAUACGGUUUUAACUAAUCGCAGUGAAUUGAUUAGUACCAGGUUUACUGGAGCAACAGGCCGGGCUUUUUUGUUCAACAGAGUCGUCAAUCUUGUCUAUAGUGAAGUUCAAGAUCGAGUCAUGCUAACUGGUCGUCACAUGGUUCGUGAUGUUUCUUGCAAAUGCUGUGAUACAAAACUUGGCUGGGUCUAUGAAUUUGCUACAGAAGAAAAUCAGCGAUACAAAGAAGGCCGUGUCAUUUUGGAACGAGCUCUAGUAACAGAAAGUGAUGGCAUUGAAGAAAGAGUUUGAUGAUUGUUAUUAUUAGGUAUUGUGAUAUAACUAUGUUGCUAAAGGACUCCAAAACUUCUUGUCUGUGGUAUAUAUAAUUGUAUUUUGAUACCAUUGAGUCUCCUUUUACCUGUCUUGUUUAUAUACCUGUUGCUGAUGUGACGUUCUUAGAAUGUUAAAUGGUGAGGUGUUCAGUGUUACUAGGUAAAAUGUUUAAACUUUCUAAUAUGGGGUAUCAGUGUUAUGUGUGAAUAAAAGUUGAUGAAACUUUU